GGUCGCGCCAUGAUUUUUAAUUUCGUUUUAAUGGUAAUCGCCUCGCUCCACCGCGCCGAAGGUCAGUUCAGUUUUCGACAGUUCACGCAUAGUUUGAUCGAGAAUCCCGUCGUUCAGUUGGCGACGCACGCGUCGGGAGAAGCCUUUGCGACCACCCUGAAUACUGUGUCGGCGAUUCCAAACGCUAUAGCAUCCUCUUUGGGAAGAUACCACGUACCCACCAUCAAUAACGUCUACAACACAGUUGAUAUCCCCGACGGCUUCCUCGAGGAGUACAACAGUGGCCUGUCCAACGAAGACGCCAAACUCAGGAUCGACGAGCUACUAAUAAAGCAUGGGUUCCCAGUCGAAGUGCACAGAGUGGAGACAGACGACGGUUAUAUUCUCGCGAUGUAUAGGAUCCCAGGAAAUGGCAGCGCCGUUUUCCUCAUGCACGGGUUGCUAGGAAGUUCAGAUGACUACGUGAUCUCCGGGCCCGAAUCCGGUCUCGCUUAUCUCCUGGCCAGGGAGGGUUAUGAUGUUUGGAUGGGCAACGCUCGCGGGAACAAGCACUCCCGCCUGCACAGGACCUUGACAGCGUCGCAAAAGGAGUUUUGGGACUUCUCCUGGCAUGAAAUCGGAGUGUACGACCUGCCGGUGAUGAUAGACCUCGUUUUGAACGUGAGAGGUGAAAGGAAACUAAAGUACGUCGGUCACUCGCAGGGGACAACGUCGUUUUUCGUCAUGGCAUCCGAGCGACCGGAGUACAACGAGAAAAUAGCUGUAAUGGUCGCUCUAUCUCCUGUCGUAUACAUGUCUCACUUAAGAUCCCCGGUGUUAAGGCUUCUAGCGCCGAGCAGCCCUAUUAUCUCGAGCGCUUUAAACAUAAUAGGUGCGCACGAGUUCCUCCCCAACAAUCUUCUCAUGCGAAACGUCAAGAAGGUGCUGUGUCAUGGAACAGUGGCUGAGCUUCUGUGCUUCAACGUCGUUUUCCUCAUCGCCGGCUACGAUCUCUCCCAGUUGAACGCGAGUAACAUUCCCGUGUUCUUCGGGCAUAUGCCCUCGGGGGCUUCGACGAAACAGCUUGUGCAUUACAGCCAAGAAAUCACGUCGGGAGAGUUUGAGAAGUUCGACUACGGCUAUCAUGUCAACGAACAGAUUUACGGGACCAAAGAACCUUCGAAAUAUGAUUUGAGCAGAGUAACUGCGCCUGUCGCCCUCUUUUACAGUGAUGCUGACUGGUUGGCCAGUCCUAGAGACGUUGAGAGGUUAUCGAGGGAACUACCGAAUGUGAUAGAAAUGUAUAAAGUGCCGUUCGAUAACUUCAACCAUUUGGACUUUAUUCUGGCUAAGAAUUUCAAGACGCUGAUAUUCGACAGACUGAUAUACAUUUUGGAUGGAUAUUAA